AUGUUAGUUUACUCGCUUUAUUUUAUAUUUUUACUCGUUGUUGAAAGUGUUACAUCUCAACAUGUACGAAUUCAACAUAUGGAUGUUGAUACUCAUCAUGAUGUAGUUAUUGAUACUCAAACACCACAUUUUUCUUGGCAACUAGCUCAAGAAUAUGAUAGUAACGGAUAUUUGAUUAAAGAUAUUAAACAAAUAGCGUAUCAUAUUAUUGUCACCAAAGUUAUUAAUAAUGAAGUCGUUUGGAAUAGUGGCUAUGUAUCUUCAUCUUCAUCUACACAUAUUUUUUAUAAAGGUGUACCACUCAUAUCUGAUACACGUUAUACAGUUACAAUCAAAUAUUAUACUACACAACAUCAAAGUCAAUGGUAUAUUGCUCAUUUUCGUACAGCACUCUUUUCACUGACUGAUUGGGCAGGUCAAUGGAUUGGAAGUAAUAAUAUCAAUAUGAAUCAAUUACGAACUGUUGUAACUAUGAAAUUGACUAGAAUUCAAUCUGCUACUGUUUUUAUUAGUGGUAUUGGUUAUUAUCAGUUGUAUAUCGAAGGACAGCAAAUUGAUAAAACACGACGAUUAGAUGUUGGAUGGACUACAUAUCAACAACGAACACUUUAUAGUUCAUAUGAUUUAACUGAAAUAUUUAAUACUACUAAUCAGCUUGGUAUUGGUAUCAUGUUAGGUCAAGGUUGGUACAAUCGUCAGCAAUGGAUCAUUGGUCCAGGUGCACGUCCAGAUCUUUCCGAGCAAUAUGGUUCACCACGUGUAUUGAUGCAAUUAAAUAUUGUAUAUAUCGAUGGUACAAAUCAAUCUAUUGUAACUGAUUCAUCUUGGUUAGGUCGAGAAGGUGAACAUCGUUAUGAUUCUGUUUAUAUGGGUACAACAAUGGAUCUUCGAGCUGUACGUUCAUGUUGGUCAUGUGCUAAAUUUAUUGAUCCAUAUUCUUUGUGGAUCAAUGCAUCAGUUUUACCAUCACCAGUUAAUUUCACAGCUGGUGGUCAAUUGUCUUUACAAACAAUGGAUCCUAUUCGUAUUGGACCAGAUGCAUUACAUAUUGCAACAUCAGGCAACAAGGGAAAUGUUGAUGGAGUACAAGGUGGUAGUCUCACAGAUGGUGGUAUACUUAAACCGAUUUCACAAGAUGAAGUCAAUGGACAAGUAUUUGAUCUUGGUCAAAAUUUUGCUGGUUGGUGUAAACUAUCUUCAUUGAAUGCUCCUAAAUCUACUAUUAUACAACUUCGUUAUGCAGAACUUCGAUAUUCACGUGGUCAAAAUGGAAUUGAUUUUGCUGGUUUAUAUUAUGAAAAUUUAGCUAAUAUAGCAGUAAUGGAUACAGUUAUUUUAAAUGGAACAGGAAAUGAAACAUUUGAACCAUUAUUUACUUAUCAUGGAUUUCGAUAUUUAUUAGUAAAUGGUUAUGAUAAUAUUAAUAAAGAUAAUAUUGAAUGUUACAAUGCACAUAGUGAAACAACACUUAUUGGUAAUUUUAGUAGUAGUAGUGAUGUAUUAAAUCAAAUUCAACAUAAUAUUCUUUGGUCUCAAUUGAGUAAUUCAAUGUCAAUACCUACUGAUUGUCCACAGAGAAAUGAAAGACGUGGUUGGCUUGGCGAUGCAGGACUUAGUAUUGAUGAAACAUUAUUUAAUUUUGAUUAUGUAAAUUUUUAUUUGAACUUUUUAACAAUGAUAUCAGAUAAUCAAUUACCGGAUGGUAGUGUAAGUGAUACAGUACCAUUUACAGUAGGUUUUAGUCCUGCUGAUCCAAACUGGGGCACAGCAUAUGUAACAAUCACAUGGUAUUUAUAUGAACAUACAGGUGAUAUUAGUAUUAUUGAAAAAUAUUAUAAUGGUAUACAAGCAUGGAUUGAUUGUUUAACUAAUCAACAUCAAAAGACAGGUUUAGCUAAAAUGUAUUUUUAUUGGGGUGAUUGGGCAACAGUAGAUAGAACAGCUAAUACAUCAUUAACAUCGUCGUAUGCUUAUCUUCGUGAUGUACAUACAUUUAUUAACAUGAGUCGUCUUCUUAAUCAUACUGAAAAUGUACAAAAAUAUACAAAACUAUAUCAAGAACUAGCUAAUGAAUUUCAUAAUGUCUUUUAUAAUACUCAUCUAAAUGUUUAUGUUGAUGGUAGUCAAGCAAUGAAUAUACUUGCACUUGCUUUACCUGAUGUUGUUCCAGUAUCUCUUCGUACAAAUGUUCUCAAUUCAUUAAUAAAUAAUAUUGUUACCACUGGUCAUUUUACUGGUGGUAUUGUUAGUGUAGCUCCUUUAUAUCCUCUUCUUUCUAUCGAAGGACAUCAUGAUCUAGCAUUAAAACUUGCACAAUCAAUAUCUUAUCCAUCGUAUGGUUAUAUGUUUCAUAAUGAUAUUCAAAAUGCUACAACAACAUGGGAACUUUGGAAUACAUUACCACAAGGUGCAACAGCAUCAUUAAAUCAUCAUAUGUUUAAUAGUAUUGGUGCAUGGUUUUAUCGAUAUUUAGCAGGUAUUGAAUUGAAUGGUCUUCAGACAAUUACUAUUUAUCCUCGAAUGUCUUAUGAUGCUGAUCUUUUAAGUUAUGUAAAAGCUGAAGUUGUAGCAAUCAAAGGAUCAAUUCGAGUAGAAUGGUCAAGAACAUCGGUAAAUACUGUGAACUUAUCAAUUGUGAUACCUACCAAUAUGGAUGCUAUCGUAACAUUUGAUUCAUUAAUUAAGAAUGGACAAUGUGUAAAAUUAAUGUGUGAUAAUGAAAUCAUUUGGAUGAGAGGAGAGAUGAGUGAUGAAAUAAAAUUGUUGAGAGAUAUAAAUGGAGUAAAUGAUUUGAGUGAGAAUAAGUUACGAAGUACAAUGUCAGUUAGAGUAGCAUCAGGUGAAUAUACAUUUGUUGCUUAUUGGAAAUAA